AUGCAGGAGAGGCUUGUCAAUACCAGCAGCAUUUACCAGGACUUAGGACAAGAUGCCUCAGGUGAAGCAUUCAAACCAGAUGCUGCCAAAGCCCACCUGCCAACUAGGCAGCCCACAGAGGAGUCUGUGGCCACCAAUUCGUCCCUAGAGACUUCUUCUGCUCCUCGCAAUGAACACCUGUUGCUUCAAGAUUCUAAGCCCUUGUAUCCUGUCCUGAUGAAGUCUUCAUCAAUUGAGCCACAGUUGUCUGUGAGUGCCUCUUGGCCACCAAAGUCUUUGACAACUGGAAGACGCCAUUCACCACCACAACAAUGGGCACCUCCCUACCCAUCUCAUCCUCUGGAUCCUGUGGGUUUUCUUCCACCCAUGCCAGAUCCCAGCAUGGCAGCUCCUGAGUUUGAGUGGAAAAUACUGGCGACCUCACAGAGCACACCUCUGAAAGGUUUGUCUUCUCCCAUACCAACCACACCAGGGCUUAACCCCCUAAGGAGGCCUACCUCAACCACCCCAGGUCUUAAAAACUCUAGCAGGUCUACUUCAACCAGCUUAGACCUUGACCACGUAAGCAGGCCUACCUCAACCACCUCAGGCCUUGACCACUUAAGCAGGCCUACCUUUACUAACCCAGGCCUUGACCACUUAAGCAGGCCUACCUCAACCACUCCAGUCCUUGACCACAUAAGAAGGCAUAUCUCAGAACCUUUCAGAUACCAGGUAGCUUCCACAACAUCAUACAACUCAAACCUAACACGUGAUGAGUCCUUGCAAGAGGAUCUUUUGCUCACCAUCCACGAGCCCUCGUUCAGGACAGGCCCCACAGACUGUAUGAUAGAGGCUGGGGAGCCCUCUUCCAUCAACCGUGACAUGCAGGAUAUGCUGGAAGCUCUAACAAGCAAAAGAGUCCAACUAAAAUUUCGAAAGGAAAAAGAAAAAGAAAGAUCUGACCUAUGCUUGCUGCACUCCUGGAGAAGCAAGCAAGACGACAUAACCUCACGCCUCUUCUGGAGGAAAAACUGCAAAUCUGAGCAGUUUUUGGCUCAACAGAUGAUCUUAGGCAACCAUUUAAAGGAGACAUAUAACCAGCUUUUCUGGGGGCACCCCAUACUCCACAGUGAGUCCCUUGUCGCCACUGUCAGCAUGGCAGGGGCUUCACUCCAUCGCCCCUCCAUCUUGUUCAAUGGAAGCUCUGCUUACAGCCCCUUACAAGAUCAGACAAACCACCCUUCAAAGCUCUGUUCUCCACAGCCCUUGCUUCAUCACUCAGUCAAAUCCCAACCUAUGACUCCAAAGUUUUCCUGCUCCCGAUCUCCACCAGAGGCUAGAAUCCAAACCCAGGCCCGGGACCCAUCCCCUCUCUCAAAGCUACCAUGCGAUUCAGCUCCAAUUAGGGAUGAUGGGGCUCCUUGUCCUACACCUUCAGGAACCCAUGUUAUUGUCCCACCUGCUGUUGAACACCUAGAGUGCCACUUUAUAAAGAAACGCCGAGAAAGUGUGAGUGAUUUACCAUUCAUGGUCAAAAAAUCAUAUGAAGCAUUUCAUCAACACACUUCCAAUAGUUGGGACUCACAGGGGGAAUUCAUUAGUGCUGAACUCUUGCAGCAGAUGGAAAAAGAUUUUAAAAAGGCAUUCAAGCAACAACAAGGUCAAUGGCCUCACAAAGCCGAGCUAUCUCUGGACCUGGAUCAGACACAAGUGAAUCACGGGACUUCAUGCCCCUCAACACUGGCAAAUGAAAGUAGUCAGCAUCCACAGAGUGUCUCAUCAAAUGGUCCAGAGAUAUUCCAACCAUGGAGGAACCCACACCACUAUCUGACAAAAUGUCUGCGAAGAGCUCUGAAAAAACCUCUCUCCAGGAGCCUAGAAGUUCUUGAGACCAUCUGUGAAACCGAGGAGGAAACUUCCCACAAUAGACACCCGAGAAGUGAUGUGCCAAGUGUUUCCCCAGUGGGACCAGGAAAGGAAGAGCUAGACGGCACCCUGAGAAAUGAUGAGUGGAGACAAACAAAGGACACUUUGUUGCCCAAGCAAACCUGUUGUGAAAUCUCAAAGCCAACUGUGGUAACUCAGAAAAAACCAUCCUUCCAUGAGUCAAACACUUGCAAGAAAACUAAUAAAGAGACUUUCAUCGUAGAUCCGGGCAUUCAGAAGGUGUUAGAAGCACAUAUUACAAGACGCCUGGUGAGGCACAGAUGGAGGCUGCCACUCAGAGUCCUCAAGGCCAAACGUGUUCUAAACUUGAAGGCAACUACAACUUUGCCCUUUCCACAGCCCUCUAAUGCCUCUCUGCCCUGGGAAUCUAGAGACAACUCCAUUAUCCAUAUGGCCGGUGCCCUGGGAGAACCCUUCCAGAAGGACCCAGAAAAGGAAGGCACAAAAACUUCCACUGUGGAAUCUCAAUCCGCACAGAAGUGUCCUUCUGUUCUCCAGGUAGAAUACGUGAGAGAGGCGGCUCCUCCUGGUACCAACUUUGGGCCACUUGAGGCCCCUACAGUCACUCAGGAGGACAAUGUGACAUCUGUUCGGGAGUUCAGUGUGCCUUCCCAGUCCUCAAAUAGCAGGAAUAUCAAGGAGCUGGUGGAGACAGAGGAGGAAGAGCCCUAUUACUGGAUAAUCCCCUUGGAAACUGUAGAGUUGAGUAAUAUUGAACUCAAUGAAUAUCUGGAGACCAGCGGGACUCUAUCAUCCCCUUCUGAAAGCUUUUCCCAGGAUUCAGAAGACUCGGGCCAGAGCACACCAUACUGUUCAACUGCUGGCAUUGGCCUGCAGGAGUGUGCCAUUGGCGAGUACUGCCAAGACUGGGUCCCCGAGGUUCUGCUUGCUGCAGAGAUCCUGGUUUCCAGGGCCUCCCAGGCCAAGUUUAAGGUUGUGUCCACUGAAAUCAACUCACCCUUCAAGGACAAGUACCCUGUCCCCAAGAAUUCCAAACCAGAGGAACAACAGUAUAGCCACAUCUCUGUUACAAAUAACAAAAAAGAUACUUCUAGAAAUCCAAAGCAGGACAUACAAGUUAAAGGUACCAAGUCUGGCCAAGGCCACAGGUCAACUAAUGAAAAGUUCGGGGACAGAGUAAAAAGCUUUGUGCAGUCGAUUUUUACUCCCAAAUACAAAGAGAAAGAAACCUCCAAGCAAAAAUGCAAGGGUUUACCACCAAUGACCCAAAGUCAACCAUCAGUCACAGGCAAACUCUUCAUGCCUGUCGCUGAAAAAGCUGAAGGACAGAACUUCAUGACUAGUGUUGGACAGAGCCUAAAGAAGAAAUUGGAGGUUCACAAUAGCUAUGUAUCCCCAAAUCCUGUGGGUAGGCCUGGAUCCCACCAAAGGAUUCCAAUAGCAGAAUCAAAGAAAAACCAAGGAAACAGCACAGUUCGACAAGCAAACCACAACUUACAGAGCAAACCUGCCCGGGACAAAGGGAUGCCCUGUGGAAACAAGCAGGCCCAGAAUCUGUCCAACACAGGUCGUGAGGUUCUGUUCUUCAGCGACCUGUUCAGCGACAGGCAUGAAGAGUUGGCCUGUGAUUGA